ACUAUUCUAUUUUGUAAUAAAUAAAAAUGCUAAUUUUUCUUCGCAUCUGUUUGCGACAUUUUUAAAUUCCAAGCGCAUCUAAAAAUUUAAAAUAAUUGGCUGUUUGAAGAAAAAUUCGCGAUUAAUCAGAUGCGCCUACCGCUGCAAGAAAUGCACAUCAUUCUCGCUAUAGUUUGUGCUUCCCGUGCUUCAUAAAACUAUAGAAAAACGAAGAAAUGCUGAAAGUUGAAAGGCGCAGUUGCGAGUUGCAAGAAUUGCGAGUGAGUUGAGUGGUUUUGGGUGAGUGAGUUCAGUGAGUUGUCAAGUGCGAUCUCACUUACAUACAAAAUAAACAAUCGUUUAAAAAAAUAUAUAUUUCGAAAUUCGUGCUUUUUUAUUGCUUAUUAUCCAAUGUAUUCGAGUGCGUUUAUUGCAUUGUCAUCGCAUUAUCAUUAGCUAUGCAUAUGCGGCUGCAGCGGAAUUAGAAGAAUUUUUCAAACAGAUAAGAUUCUGAUGAAGUCUGUGGCAAUAUGUCUAUUGCAAAUCAACAUAUUGUAACCAAUCCUUGUCUCGAUGCUAAUGUAUCGCUUGGAAUAGAUGAAGCAUGUUUCAGUAUCAUUAAUGAAUAUGAUACACGUGUCGCAUUGUAUUCUUAUCCAUCAGAAUGCUACUUGUGCAAGAAUAUACUACAGACUUACUUACCAAAGCAAAAAAAUACCACAUUAGUUAUAUCUACAAAAUAUCCUUUACAUAUAUUCUAUGAAGAUGCACAACUGUUACAAUUUUGUCACACCACAUACAACUUUAAAGAACAUGGAAGUUAUGGAUGGAAUAUUUCUAAAGAGUCACUAUGCUCAGAAAUUUAUACUAUCCAUGAACCAGUAAAUAGCUAUCUUCCAAUAUUUGCAGCUUUUAUGGUAUAUAUUCUGUUAAUGGUUUCAUGCGCCACUUUCAAAAUUAUUACACAUGUGAUAAAAAGAAAAUUAUCUGCAAAUAAUGUACACGAUGAUUUGGACAGACUUCAAGAAGCAGAAACAUCAAAUCCAAUUAUUGGAACAAACAGAUCUAGUACUAGAAUUCGUUCAGUUGAUACAUUCCGAGGAAUUGCUAUAUUAUUAAUGAUAUUUGUCAAUAAUGGUGGUGGCAAAUAUGUGUUUUUCAAUCACAGUGCAUGGAAUGGUUUGACAGUGGCAGAUUUAGUAUUACCUUGGUUUGCGUGGAUUAUGGGAUUAUCGAUUACUAUAUCGAAGCGAUCUGAAUUUCGUGUAUCAAGUUCACGUAAAAAAAUUAUUUUGCGUUGCCUGCAACGUGCAUUUAUCCUCAUUCUUCUCGGAUUGAUGUUAAACUCGAUAGAUUCAAAUUCAUUAAAGAAUCUUCGUUUUCCGGGUGUCCUUCAAUUAUUGGCUAUAUCGUAUUUCGUAUGCGCCACAAUUGAGACUAUAUUCAUGAAGAUGCACUCUCAGGACGAUUUGUUACAGUUUGGUCGGUUCACUAUUCUGCGAGAUAUCCUGAGUAAUUGGGUGCAAUGGUUGAUCAUUUUGGUAAUCGUAGCGACGCAUACUUUAAUCAUGUUUCUCUUGCCUGUUCCAAACUGUCCAAGAGGAUAUUUAGGGCCUGGUGGUUACUCUCAUUUUGGACAAUUCCAAAACUGUACUGGAGGUGCAACUGGUUAUAUAGAUAGACUUGUUUUUGGAAGUCAUAUAUAUUCCAAAACACAAAAUCCUGUAUAUGGCACCAUUUUACCUCACGAUCCUGAAGGUAUAAUGAACACUAUGUCUAUAAUACUUGUUGUAUACUUGGGAGUCCAUGCUGGAAAGAUUUUAUUACUCUACUACCAAUGCAAUGCUAGAGUAAUACGCUGGUUGUUAUGGUCAGGUGUUAUGGGUAUUAUUGCUGGACUAUUAUGUAAUUUUGAUAAAGAAUCUGGAGUGAUACCAGUCAGUAAGAAAAUGAUGUCACUUUCGUUUGUUUUGACUGUAUCUUGUUUUGCAUUUUUAUUAUACACAAUCUUACAUUUCUUUGUCGAUUAUAAACAAUACUGGAGUGGAGCACCAUUUAUUUAUGCAGGUUUAAAUCCGAUUACUCUCUAUAUCGGUCAUACUAUUACCAAGGGAUUAUUCCCAUGGGCUUGGAAAUUGAUGUAUCCUACACAUUGGUCAGUCCUUGCUAUGAAUUUAUGGACUACAACUUUAUGGGGUAUUAUCGCAUAUUGGCUUUACUGGAAGGAUAUUAUUAUAUCAAUUUAAAGCUAUUAAAAAUUGCUUCUUAAAUUAACAUAGAUCUGUAAAGAAUUAAGUAAAUUAUUGAAGAUUGUUAUACUCUGUAUGCAUGUACAUGCUUAUAGAAUUACAUGAGUAAUGAAGCAAAUAUUCAAAGUUUUGUGAUAAAAAAAAUGACAAAAAAGAGAAAAUAACUUUAUUGCAUAGACCAGCAUUAUAUAUAUAAUCAUUGCUCAUUUAUAAAUUUUGUAAAAUAAUAUAAUUUUUAAAAGUAUUAUUGUGUAUUAAUUUUCUGAAUAAAAAUGUUUUAUAAACUUUACCAAA